GUUCUUUCAUCACCCUGUGAGCAUAGCUCUAGAUCAUUCUGUUGCCUCCUUUUAUUUCACAUGAAGCUCACUUCCUCCCUCCUUUUCCCUCUGCUGAAGCACAGGCUAACUUCUCGGCAGCUCCUGCCAUCCUGUUUCUCUCCGCCUCAUCGACUCCCCAUCUCACUUCAAAUCUCAGUGUUUUUAAAAGAAAGUGGAAGAAGAUUAUAGAAUGAGAAAUGAUAUCAACGGUCAUACAGUCAACGCCUCCCUCCAUGUUGACCAAAAUGUCUUGCGCUACAAGACUGUUUUAGUAAAUGCUUGACUGCCUUUCCCCCCAAAAAAGUCUUAUUCUUGGGACUACAAACUCCUUCCCUGGGUAGAAGAAUGUUAAAUUUCAGCAUCUGUGCCUGAAAGUAGCAUACAAAUUUCAGGCCACAUGGAUGAGUGCCAACUUCUGCAUUUCCCUUGUGUAUCCUGUGACCAUUCUACCCGGGAACAUCCUUCAGAGUUCAUGCGUCUUACUGAGGACACCUGACCUUUUGAAGCUUCAUAAUUCACAUCUAGAUGUCACCAGUCUUUCCCAUGUUAACAGUUCUGACUAUGUUUUAUUAUAUGUGCCUUCGGCGCCGAGCCAGGACAGCUGCAAGAGGAGAAAUGAUGAACAGCCAUAGAACUAUAGUGUCAAACAGCCGGACUUCCCCUCUCAAUGCGGAGGUGGUCCAAUAUGCCAAAGAAGUAGUGGAUUUCAGUUCUCAUUAUGGAAGUGAGAAUAGCAUGUCCUAUACCAUGUGGAACUUGGCAGGUGUACCAAAUGUAUUCCCACGUUCUGGAGACUUCACUCAGACCGCUGUGUUUCGAACUUAUGGAACGUGGUGGGAUCAGUGUCCUAGUGCUUCCUUGCCAUUCAAGAGGACACCACCUAACUUUCAGAGCCAGGACUAUGUGGAACUUACUUUUGAACAGCAGGUAUAUCCUACAGCUGUUCAUAUUCUGGAAACCUAUCAUCCUGGAGCAGUCAUCAGAAUUCUGGCAUGUUCUGCAAAUCCCUAUUCCCCAAAUCCCCCAGCUGAAGUAAGAUGGGAGAUUCUUUGGUCAGAGAAACCUACGAAGGUGAAUGCUUCCCAGGCUCGCCAAUUUAAACCUUGUGUUAAGCAGAUAAAUUUUCCCACAAAUCUUAUACGACUGGAAGUAAAUAGUUCUCUUCUGGAUUAUUACACUGAAUUAGAUGCAGUUGUGCUACAUGGUACGAAAGACAAGCCAGUGCUUUCUCUCAAGACGUCACUUAUUGACAUGAAUGAUCUAGAAGAUGAUGAGUAUGAAGAAAAGGAUGGUUGCGGAAUGGACAAUCUUAACAAAAAGUUUAGCAGUGCUGCCCUCAGGGAAGGGCCAAAUAAUGGAUAUUUUGAUAAGCUGCCAUAUGAGCUCAUUCAACUGAUUCUGAAUCAUCUUACACUACCAGACCUCUGUAGAUUAGCACAGACCUGUAAACUACUGAACCAGCAUUGCUGCGACCCUCUGCAAUACAUCCACCUCAAUCUGCAGCCGUACUGGGCGAAACUAAAUGACACCUCCUUAGAGUUUCUACAGGCUCGAUGUACUCUCGUCCAAUGGCUUAAUUUAUCCUGGACUGGAAAUAGGGGCUUCAUCUCUGUUUCAGGGUUUUGCAGAUUUCUGAAGGUUUGUGGAUCUGAAUUAGUACGCCUUGAAUUAUCUUGCAGUCAUUUCCUUAAUGAAACUUGCUUGGAGGUUAUUUCUGAGAUGUGUCCAAAUCUGCAAGAGUUAAAUCUCUCAUCCUGUGAUAAGUUACCUCCUCAGGCUUUCAACCACAUUGCCAAAUUAUGCAGUCUUAAACGACUUGUUCUUUAUCGAACAAAAAUAGAGCAAACAGCACUGCUCAGCAUAUUGAACUUCUGUUCAGAGCUUCAGCACCUCAGCUUGGGCAGUUGUGUAAUGAUUGAAGAUUAUGAUGUGAUAGCAAGCAUGAUAGGAGCCAAGUGUAAAAAACUCCAAACACUGGAUCUUUGGAGAUGUAAGAAUAUCACCGAGAAUGGAAUAGCAGAACUGGCUUCUGGGUGUCCACUUCUGGAAGAGCUUGACCUCGGCUGGUGUCCCACUCUACAGAGCAGCACCGGAUGCUUCGCCAAACUGGCACGCCAGCUCCCAAACUUGCAAAAACUCUUCCUGACAGCUAAUAGGUCUGUGUGUGAUACAGACAUAGAAGAACUGGCAUCUAACUGUGUGAGACUACGGCAACUGGACAUACUUGGAACAAGAAUGGUAAGUCCAGCAUCGUUAAGAAAGCUCCUGGAAUGCUGUAAAGAUCUGUCCUUACUUGAUGUGUCCUUCUGCUCACAGAUUGAUAACAGAGCUGUGCUAGAACUGAAUGCAAGCUUUCCGAAAGUGUUUAUAAAAAAGAGCUUUACUCAGUGACUUCAUGUAUGUUCUGUAAUUAAAAUCAGUGUUUUUUGUAGGGUUUUAUUUUUGUUUGGUUUCCUUGUUUAGUUUUUAUAAUGGUGACAAUUGAGACAUUUGUAGAUUUUAAAGGAAAAAUACAAAAUUUCCACUGAAUUAAGUAAAAUGUAAAGAAGUGUUUGCACAAAAUAUUGGAACCAGUUUUCAAAAAUAAGUGAGUGGGUGAUAAUAUUUUUACCUUAUGUUAAUCUGUGGUAUUAUGCUUUAAUCAAUGAGUGUGUGUUAAUAAAAGAGUAAUACAGAAGCACUUUAACUUAUUUUUAAGUGAACAAUAAAAUAUGAUAUUUAUGCAAAAAUAAAGUUGAUUUUUCACACUUC